AUGGUCAAAGCAGAAGAUGAAAAGGUCGGGAAGAAGGGCGCACGAGCCACUGCACGGAAUGGUCCAUCAAGAGGUAGAAAGAAGAAAUCAGCGGAUGUUAUUCCUCUGGAGGAAGAAUUGCCUGACCAGCAAGGAGAAAAUGGUCAACGAACGCACAGCAACAUUCUCAUCAUAGGGGAUGAGAAUCUGACCUUCUCGGAGUUAGUAAUGGAUGCCUACCCCUCUGCCCACAUUUACAUAGCCAGCACCUCCACCGAGUUAGAAAUGGAUCACCUGCUGCGCGACCUGGAGAAGCGCAGGAGGAGGAAGCUCCAGGACAAAGGCAUGCAAGAGGAUGAAGAGGUCCCCAUUGAGAAGACCCCCUUUUACUACACUAGGAAGUUCUUCAAGGAACACUCGGGCAAAAGGGUGUACGUUAUUUUCAGCGCCAAUUUAUUUUAUUUGGGUAGCCAUUUCCCAAACAGCUUCUUCGACACGGUGUUUUUGGUUCUCCCAGGCCUCUGCUACAGCAUUCGCGAGACCGGGCUCAAGUACAGUGAUAAGGUGACGGCGCUACGAAUAUAUUAUUUUCUCAUUUGCGUGUUGAUUGAAAUUAUUCAAGUGUGCCUAAAGGAUGCCGAGGUCCAUUUGUUGUGGACAACUGAAAAAUUAACAAAGUUCAUUGAGGAUGAGGAGUCUACUGACGUGGCGGAGAAAGAAGAAGGGGAAGGGGAAGAGAAGAAGGUUGAUGAGGGUGUGGAGACCAAGCGAGAGAGCAUUCACGAAACGUUAAACAAUUUGAAGAAUCUUAUUUGCAGUGGUAAAGGGCAGGAGCAGGCAGCAGCAGAUCAGGAGGGAGAAAACAACCCCGACGAGGAAGAGACGAAUGAAGACACCGCCGCUGAACCGAAUGAAGACACCGCCGCUGAACCGAAUGAAGACACCGGCGCCGAACCCAAUGACGACACUGCGGAAGAACAGGUUGAGCCAGAGUCGGACCCCGAGCAGAAGGAGGACAACGAGCAGGACAACGGUGACACAGAAAAUAAGGAUAACCCCACAGGGGAUGUCACAGGGGAAGCCACCGAGCAGGGAGGGGGAGACGUGUGCAUCAAGCUCUCCAGCUACGCGAACAUAUGCGCCGAGGAGGACGACGCUGAGGCGGUUGCUGCGAAGGGGGAGGAGAACGAGGAGGAACAAGAGGAGGAGUUGGACGAGGACGAGGAUGAAGAAGAGGAAGAGGAGGAGGAAGACGAUGAAGAUGAUAUGACUCGAUUCUCCCACCUGUUCGACGGUCAGGCGAAGAAUAAAAAGGAUAGUCUCGUCAAAGGAGAGAACCAAGCAUGCGAAACGUCACAAGUACUCACCUACGUGGAGCAGUCCUCAUGCGGAGAAGAAGACGCAAAAGAAAAAAAAAUAAAACAAAUGAAUAUUGAAAAAUUUCCACUCUUCUACCACAUAGACAUUGAGAAAGUCAUGAAAUUAUUUUGGUUCGAUGAACAGAAAGAAGAAGAAGAAAAACAACAACAGGAACAACAGGAGCAGGAAGAAAAGGAAAAGGAGCAGGAGGAGGAGGAGAAGAAGAAGAAAAGGAGAAAAAAGAAGGACGACAAAAAGGAGGAAGAGGAGAAGAAAAAGGAGGAGGAGCAGAAGAAAGAAAAAAAACCAAAGGUAGAUAUAAACGUCAUUGCCGACAAGUACGUGCCAGUCGUUUAUGGUAAUCACUUUACACAUAAUGCCUUCCUGAACAACUGUGCAUUUUACUCUUUCGUUUUAAAAAGAAAAAAAAUUCUCAUCCCAGAAGAGAUGGCACUGGUACUGGAACCCAACUUUACUCGUGAAUUCCCUGUUGAGAGUUACUCCUUUUUAAGAAAAAAAUUUUUACAAGAAUUUCAUGAAAAGGUUAAGUUGUGCAGCACCAUAAAGGAUCAACUCAGUCACAUCAGCCAGAUGCGAUACAAGCUGUACGUGGAACAUGUCAGGAGUAGAGUCUCUGGGGGAGGCAGGAGGUCCCAUCUGUCCUAUUAUUUGUUUCAGGCCGAGCUCAAUAGCCAAAUGAGGAGGGCCACUCCGUGCGAGCAGAAGCCUGUCGCGGGGGAACCAGCUUCCACGGGUGAAGUAGCGCCCGCUGGGGAAGAAGAAGUCCCCGCGGGGGAAGUAGCUCCUGAUGGAGAAGAAAUUCCCACGGGUGAAGUAGCUCACGAUGGAGAAGAAAUUCCCACGGGUGAAGUAGCUCACGAUGGAGAAGAAGUCCCCGCUGGUGAAGAAGUCCCUGCUGGGGAAGAAGCUCCCACGGGAGAAGAAGCCGCCCCUGCUGACGCAGGCAUCGCUGACGCAGGAACCGCCGACGCAAUUACUGCCGACGCGGGCACCGCGGACAAGCUGUGGAAGUGCAUCUUCAGCCCACUGGACUUCUUCCACGCGAGUGACAACAUAAGUACCUACUUCGAGUACUACAUAAGUGUGAGAAGGAAGAAAAAAGGAAGCCGUGGACCCAUUUGUCAUUUGUCAAUCAAGUUUGCCUGCAGUAGGAAGGGCUACAGCCACGACUACAAUAAUAAAAAAUACACCAAGAGGACCAUCGGAGGAGGGACCUACCGAAACAACACUUACUACUCUUCCAUGUAUGACAUGAAGAAAAAGCCGCCCCUUCUCCCUACCCCUCUGAAUGAAAUGUCCAGUGGGUAUGGCUCAAGAGGAGGAGGAGGGACAUAUGCAGGAAAAGGAACAGGAGGAAUGGGUAAAGGAGGCCACCUCCUAAACAAGGGGUCCCCUAAUGGUGUAUAUAAAAACUCCAUGUACAGCUCCAGCUAUGGAUACAGCAACCACACAUCGUAUGGAAGUCACAACUACAGCUCGAACAAGUACGCAGGGGGAGGUGGCAGUAGUUACGGCGGAGGAGGAAGCAUGUAUGGAGGGGGAGGAAGCCAGUACAACUCACACAGCUACAGCUCAAACAAGUUUUACAGAAGUGAUAAAAUGGGCAGGAGCAUCCCAACGAACAGCUAUGAUAACAGGAGGGACGACAAGGGUCUGAAGUAUAACAGGUGUGACAACCAGAGGUCCAACUGGAACUCCAGUACCACCUACCACAGUGGUGGUGCGUACGGCAGCGGUGGGGGAGGCGGAGAUGGAGGGGCCAGUGUGUCCAGCUCUCACGAGCCAAACAGGUUGUACGGCAGCUCGGUGCACCACAGCAGCUAUGGGUACAACAGGUCGGCGAGGAACAUGAUGCACAAGUCGAAUGAACGUGGCGAUAUUCGAGGCGAUAGCAAGGGCGCCAAGCGAAGGAGAGACGACUCCUAUGAGACGCGAAGAGGAUUCGGAGCGGACAGUUACUCCAAUAAACGCUACGAGAAGAGAGGAAGGAACAGCGACUAUGAUGUGAACAACCAUAUGGAUGAUGGAAGGAGCGACAACCACCACCGGGGGUCCAAGAUGAAUGCAGAGAUGCAGGAUCCAUACGCCUCAACCAAGGAGUCUACCAACAAGUACUAUGACGGAAGCAACUACUCCAUGAACAGCUCUGACAAAAAUGCGUGGAUGAUGCCACCCCCACCCCCACGUGUGUCCCACGCGUACGAUGGACAGGGUCACCAGAAAAUGACGAACUAUUACAACUCGGAGGACUUCCAAAACGAGAACGGACCCAACGGGAUGAAUUACAACUCAGGAGAGCUCUACAACAAAAAGAGCCUAUACUCACAGAGCAGGAGUUACAGGAAUAGUUAG